AUGACUUCCGUCGGCGCCAGGCAGAAGCCACUUCGAGAUAACGGCACAACUACAACAACAACACCACCACCACCAGCACCACCAGCAGAACCACCAGAAGUCGCGUUUUGGGAAUCUACCCCCUGUUGCAGUGCCGCAAUGGCUCCGUUCUUCUUCUCGACACCUGUCGAUAUCGAUGUCGUCCUCGAAGAUGGCGACGAGCGACAGACAGUCGACGUGAAGCUUGAAAAGGGCCGUCGCGAAAAAGCCCCGCUCUACAUGGAUGGAGAAUCUGUUAAGGGUGCGGUGACAGUGCGGCCGAAGGAUGGAAAACGAUUAGAGCACACCGGCAUUAAAGUGCAAUUCAUAGGCUCAAUCGAGAUGUUUUUCGAUCGUGGUAAUCACUACGAAUUCCUUUCGCUCGUUCAAGAACUGGCUGCGCCGGGCGAGCUCCAGCACCCUCAAACCUUCCCCUUCAACUUCAAAAAUGUCGAAAAACAGUAUGAAUCAUACAACGGAAUCAAUGUAAAGUUGCGAUACUUCGUGCGGGUCACAGUCUCGCGGCGCAUGGCAGACGUCAUACGAGAAAAGGAUAUCUGGGUUUACUCGUAUCGCAUGCCUCCAGAGAUCAACAGUCCCAUUAAGAUGGACGUCGGAAUUGAAGACUGCUUACACAUCGAAUUCGAGUACUCGAAAUCACAGUAUCACCUCAAAGACGUCAUUGUCGGGCGGAUAUAUUUCCUCUUAGUCCGGCUCAAGAUCAAGCAUAUGGAGCUUUCAAUCAUUCGGCGGGAAACGACAGGUGCAGCUCCCAAUCAAUACAAUGAAAGCGAGACGUUGGUGAGAUUUGAGGUGAGCCAUCUCGAAGACGGACUUGGUGGAAUCGAAUAUUCUAAUGGCAUUAUUCCGCAGAUUAUGGAUGGAUCUCCUUCACGAGGCGAGACAAUUCCCAUCAGAUUAUUCCUCGGCGGGUUUGACCUUUCCCCCACGUUCCGCGACGUUAACAAGAAAUAUUCAACCCGAUACUAUCUGAGCUUAGUCUUGAUCGACGAAGAUGCCCGUCGCUACUUCAAACAAUCAGAAAUCGUACUCUACCGCCAAGCGCCUGAAAUCGCCCCAACACCUGAAGUUGCGCAACAGCAACUGUUACAGAAGCAGCACCUCGAGAGACAACAGCAAGUCCUUGUUGGUCCGAGCAAGAAUCCGCAAUAUGUCCAGCCUCAGUCUCAACCCCAACCUCCAGUUUCAUCAUCCCUGAACCCAGCGCAGGAUACACAGCAACAAGCUCAAGCUACCGGCUCUGCAUAG